AUGCAGAUGAUCUGCGGGUUCUGCGCGGAUAAAAACGUGGAGGAUUGUUUGCGCAACAUUUUGGGGCAUAUUCCCGCGGAAAAGAUGCGGCUGAUAAACAGCAGCCAUCCGCGAGCGAUGAAGGCGGAGCGGCUGCGCGACGCUCUGCGGAGAGCGAAUGAAGCGAUGGGCCGCGAAUGGAGCGAGGGUGAGAACGGCGGGAGAUGA